GUCAUACUUGAGUGGUACAAGCAAGAAAGAAAUAAGAGCUAGAAAAGAAAAGAAAAUCUUAUUGGAGAGACAAAGAGAGAGAUGGAAACUUGGAUUCGAGUCUUGAUUCUUGCUGCAUUCUUGUUUCCAGCAGUGGUCGAAUGCAGGGUUCGUCACUACAAGUUCAAUGUGGUAAUGAGGAACACCACUAGGUUGUGCUCAACCAAGCCCAUUGUCACAGUCAAUGGCCAGUUUCCAGGGCCAACUGUGUAUGCUAGAGAAGGUGAUAAUGUGCUCAUCAAGGUGGUCAACCAUGUCAAAUACAAUGUCUCUAUCCAUUGGCAUGGUAUCCGACAACUCCAAACAGGUUGGGCUGAUGGACCAGCAUUCAUCACACAGUGCCCGAUCCAACAAGGUCAAACCUACACAUACAACUUCACCAUCACCGGGCAACGGGGCACACUUCUUUGGCAUGCACACAUCCUAUGGCUAAGGGCAACUGUCUACGGAGGCCUAGUGAUAUUGCCUAAGCGUGGUGUGCCAUAUCCAUUUCCCAAACCCCACAAGGAAGCAGUUGUCAUAUUAGGUGAAUGGUGGAAAUCGGACACUGAAGCUGUGAUCAAUGAGGCGCUUAAAUCGGGUUUGGCUCCAAAUGUCUCGGAUGCUCACACCAUUAAUGGACAUCCAGGACCCGUAUCUAAUUGUCCGUCACAAGGUGGCGGUGGAUUUACGCUGAGCGUUCAAAGCGGAAAAACCUACAUGCUCCGAGUCAUCAAUGCUGGACUCAAUGAAGAACUCUUCUUCAAGAUCGCUGGCCACCAACUCACCGUCGUAGAGGUCGACGCCACCUACGUAAAACCUUUCAAAAUCGACACAAUCGUGGUUGCCCCAGGCCAAACCACAAACGUCAUCUUAACCGCUGACCGAAACGCUGGCAAGUAUAUCGUCGCCGCUUCCCCCUUCAUGGAUGCCCCGAUCGCCGUCGACAACACCACUGCCACCGCCACCCUCCACUAUUCCGGCACCCUCGCUAAUUCCCCCACCACUUUCACCACCACACCUCCCAAAAACGCCACUCCAAUUGCGAAUAAUUUCGUCAAUUCUCUAAAAGCCCUCAAUUCCAAGAAAUACCCGGCCAAUGUCCCUUUAACAAUCGAUCAUUCCCUUUUCUUUACAGUCGGGCUCGGGAUUAAUCCAUGCCCGACUUGUAAAGCUGGGAAUGGAAGCAGAGUGGUAGCAAAUAUUAACAAUGUUACUUUUGUUAUGCCCAAGACCGCUCUGCUUCAGGCCCAUUACUUUAAAAUUAAUGGGGUGUUCACUACUGACUUUCCGGGUAACCCGCCGGUGGCAUUCAAUUACACGGGCACUCCACCGGCGAGUUUGGCGACCAAUAACGGGACGAAAGUGUACCCGCUUCAGUAUAAUGCCACGGUUCAACUUGUUUUGCAAGAUACCGGUAUCAUUGCCGCGGAGAACCAUCCGGUUCAUCUACACGGGUUUAAUUUCUUUGCGAUUGGAAAGGGACUUGGAAAUUAUAACCCGAAGACAGAUCCAAAAAAAUUCAACCUUGUUGAUCCGGUUGAGAGAAAUACAAUUGGAGUACCGGCUGGUGGAUGGGUUGCUAUUAGAUUCCGAGCAGAUAAUCCAGGAGUUUGGUUCAUGCAUUGUCAUUUGGAGGUGCACACAUCAUGGGGACUAAAGAUGGCAUUCUUGGUGGACAAUGGCAAGGGCCCUAAUGAGUCUAUUUUGCCACCUCCCAAAGAUCUCCCAAAAUGUUAGUACAAUCAAAGGAAAGAAGGAUAGAAAGAAGAAACGAAAAUACACAAUGGAAGAACAUGAAAUGGAAGAAAACAGAGUUUUCAAUAAUUAAAAUAUAUGGAAAAAAGUGAGAGUAGAGGUCGGAUUGUUUAUAUUGAGCAAACAAAAAAUUUGCUCAAGCAUAUUUCAAUAAUUUUCAGGGCAUUUGAUUGGUUUUGCAAUUUUUACAAGAGUCAAAUACAUGUAUGAAAGUCUUUAUUUUGAUUCUUAUAUAUACAAGUGUUCCAAAGGUUCUUGGCAA